GCUGGUAGUACAAACGAGGGUCACACAGCUGCCAGACCCCAGUGACGACGUGGCCGACUUAGUGAAAAGGGUUAAAUUCACACCUUCCUCGCCUCUCCUCUCACGUUGAACAGCGUCAUCGUCAGCAUCAUGUCUGCCACCAGGUCUCCUCUUCAACUUCCUCGCCUGAACCUGAGUGACCCGGAGAAGCAGCGAAAGGUUGAGUCCCUCCUCUCCCCGCUGAUUCUGACGGAGGAGAAGCAGAAGAGAGUUCGAUCCGUUUUCCUGGAGGAGAUGAGACUCGGCCUGGCAUCGAACCCUGAACGCCAAUCCUCCCUAUUGAUGGAGAAUACCUUUAUACCGGAGCUCGUCGAUGGCACAGAAAACGGAGAAUACCUCGCCCUCGAUCUCGGGGGGACUAACUUCAGGGUGAUCUACGUACUGAUGAAGGAGGGGAAGUUUGUCGAAGAGGUCGUGGACUACUUCGCGGUGCCUCUGGAGACUCGCUUGGGCCCCGGCGAGGAACUCUUCGACUUCCUUGCGCAGUGCCUCUGGGAGUUCAUCCACGCGAAGAAGUUGACGGGGCGGAACUUGAAACUGGGCUUCACCUUCUCGUUCCCCAUGACGCAGAAGAGCCUGGACGUCGGUAUCCUCGCCUCCUGGACCAAGUCGUUCAACUGCUCCGGCGUGGUGGGUCGCGACGCCGUCAAGAUGCUCAACGAUGCGAUUCAGCGGCGCGGCGACAUGGACAUUACGGUGUCGGCGAUCCUCAACGACACGACGGGUACCCUCGUGAUGGGCGCCUAUUUAGACCACCGGUGCGCCAUAGGUAUGAUCUUGGGCACAGGAUCCAACGGCGCCUACAUCGAGAAGGUGGAGCGGAUCGAAAAGUGGCACGGGAUCCACACGGAGAAGGAGAUGUUGGUGGACAUUGAAUGGGGUGCCUUUGGCGAUAACGGUGUGCUGGAUUUCAUCAGGACGCAGUGGGACCGAGCCGUGGAUGACCAGUCGCUCCUCGUCAACUCCUACACCUUUGAAAAAUACUACGGUGGAAAAUAUAUGGGGGACCUGUUCCGUGAGGUGCUUCUGACCCUAGCCAAAGAGGGACUGCUGGGGCGCGGGGACGUCGGGAAGCUGGGUACCCACGGAGCCAUCACCACCACCACCGUGUCCCAAAUUGAUGGGGAGAGCUUCCAGGGGGCCCACGGGGUAGCAGAGAAGAUGCUGGAGGAGAUCGGAUUGCCCACAGGGGAGGAUGACUUACAGCUUGUGAAAUAUGCAGCGGGCCUUGUGUCCUACCGUGGCUGUGUGCUCGUGUCCUUAUUGGUGGGGAUCCUUCUCAAUCGCAUGGAGCGGCCGCAUUGCACGGUUGCCAUCGACGGGUCUCUCUUCCGCCACCAUCCACGCUUCAGGCCCCUCAUGGAACACCUCAUAUCCAGCUACGCCCCUGGGAGAUCGUUCGACCUCCGCCAGGCCCACGACGGCUCCGGGAAAGGCGCAGCGCUCAUCGCGGCCAUCGCUCAGCGCCUCAAGACUCACGAAGCGGACAGCGGCAGCGCGAAGAAGAGCAAGAAGACCAGCGCCGUCAACCACGUCAGCAGCGCGAGUACGAAGCUCAGCAAUGGAGUCAGCGCGCAGUAGUAGCAGUGGUAGUAGUAGUAGUGGUAGUAGUGGUAGGAGAGAGAGAGAGA